AAAGCAAGAUGGUUGUUGCAGAUGAUUAGCAUUUUCCCUAUAUUUUCUGGCAUGAAUAUAGAUAUACAAUAUAGGAAAUAAUAAAAGCAUGUUUGCUAGUUUGCACACAUCUGUUCUGUUGGAGAGCUGAGGAGGCUGUUUGCUAAGUCUGCGUGUGUUUUGAAGCAGAGGAGACAGCAGUGUGCUAAGUUUGCAUUUGUUUUUGGAGCUAAGGAGACAGCUGUGUGCCAAGUCUGCAUCUGCAACUGUAAAGCUGAAGAGGCAGUGUGCUAAGUUUGCAUCUGUUUUGGAGCUAAAGAGACAGCAGUGUGCUAAGUCUGUAUCUGUUUUGUAGCUGAGGAGACUCUGUGCUGCAGCUAAAACAUCUGCUGGUGUUGGAGCUAUAGAGGCAGUGUGCUAAGUUUACAUCUGUGUUGGAGCUAAGGAGGCAGCAGUGCUUGGUCUGCAUCAGUUUUGGAUCUGCAACUGUAGAGCUUAGGAGACAGUUUGUUAAGUCUGCAUCUGUUCUAGAGUUGAGGAGGCUGUGUGCUUGGUCUACAUCUGCAACUGUAGAGCUGAGGAGGCUGUGUGCUGCAGUUAAAAGAUCUGCUGGUGUUGGAGCUAGUGUGCUAAGUUUACAUCUGGUGUUGGAGCUAGUGUGCUAAGUUUACAUCUGGUGUUGGAGCUAGUGUGCUAGGUUUACAUCUGGUGUUGGAGCUAGUGUGCUAACUUUACAUCUGGUGUUGGAGCUAGUGUGCUAAGUUUAGAUCUGGUAUGGAGCUAAAGAGUGUGCUAAGUUUACAUCUGCUACUGUAGAGCAGAGGAUACAGCAGUGUGCUAAGUUUAUAUCUGUUGUGAUGCUAGGAGACAGUGUGCUAAGCAGGCCUGUCAUAAUAAAAACACUAAACAUAUUUUCAUUGUCAAUAGUUAUCAUGGGAACUUUUUCUUUGCACUGGCGUGAAAAUGUUGGUUAUUUUUCUGUACCAAGAUAAGACCUGAACAGUCUCACAGCUCAUAUUUUUUAUUUUUAGCAAUUUUACUUUAAAAUACUGUUUGGAAGAUAUUUCUGCUUUAUGGUUUGAUUUCAAUAUUAUCGUUAAUCGUCUAUAUUUAUUUCAAUGAUAUAUCGCACUUAAAAAUGUGUAAUCGUGGACAAACCUAGCGCUGAGUCGACAUCUGCUGUUGUGGAGCUGAGGAGACAGUGGAAUGGAUGGAAUUAAUGUUUUUAUUAGGCCUGAAUGCAUUUAUCUGUGGAGAUUUUAAUAUAUGAAUCUGCUUAAUAUCAAAACUUAUCAAAUGACAGGAGAAUGUGCCUCUAACAGAUCGUAUUUUUACAGAUAAUGAGACAUGGUGUUGAAAUUGGGCUUUUUUAUGUUCAACACCAGUUUUCAUAGUGCACAACUGUAAAGACAGAAACAAAUUUUAGAUUUUUUUUUUCUCAUAAAAAGCAAAAAUGGAAUAAGUUUUGGAUUAAAUAGACUUUUAAAAACAACAACCAACAUUAUUUGGUGUUGCCAAAGCAAACAGAGCUGUUCCUGGCAUAACGCAGUGAGUUGCUUAAUUUGUGACUUUCCAAUUUCACCUGUAAAAGUCUGGACCGGGUCAGAUCUCUAAAGUGUGAAUGUUUAACCUCGACAUGAGCUGGAUCCACUGGUGCGUCUGGCUUCUCUUUGUGUCAGUCAGUGAGGCUCUGCCCCUGACUGAUCCGGUCCUGUUUGGGGAGAUCCAGUCUCCGCUGUACCCCGUGUCCUACCCCCCAAACCUGAGGCAGAGGUGGGACCUCAGGGUCCCAGAGGGGUACAGAGUCAGCCUCAGCUUCACUCACCUGGACCUGGAGGCCUCUGCCGGCUGCCAGUACGACUCACUCACGGCUCUGUACAAGGAGAAAGUUCUGGGCAUAUUCUGUGGGCAGGAGAAUUCGGCUGACGGGCAUCACCCCGGACAUGGGUCGGUCCUGUCUCCAGGCAACACCCUCACCCUCCUGAUGCAAACAGACGACACCAACCCAGAACGCCACCAAAACACCGGCUUCUCCGCUCACUACCAGGCCAUAGACAUAGACGAGUGUUCAGAUCCUGAGCUAAACGCAGAAACUCCCGUCUGUUCCCAAAUCUGCCUGAACACCCUCGGGUCCUACCUGUGCUCCUGUCACCAUGGAUACGAGCUACACUCAGACCAGCGCACCUGUGUCUUGUCUUGUCUCGGGGGUAUAUUUGAUGAACCAGAGGGGCAUCUGUCCAGUCCUGGAUACCCCACUGCCCCCCAUCACAGCGUGUCCUGUCAGUACGUCAUCUCUGUGGAACCCGGGUUCACGAUCAGGCUCAAAUUCGCCGAUUAUUUCCACAUAGAGAGCAUGGAGACAGAGGGAGUCCUGAGCUGCCCAUAUCACUGGCUACAGAUGACAGUUGAAAAUGAGAGUCCGAUGAAGCUUUGUGGGAGUAAAAGUCCCGGAGUCCUGGCUCUGAACGCGAGCACCGUCAAACUGGAUUAUUACAUCGACGACAAAGGCCUUAGCAACGGCUGGAGCCUCGACUACACCACAACAAGAGUGAAGUGUCCUCCUCCUGGUACUGUCUCAAGAGGCCGGAUCACUCCUACUUUAGAUGAGUAUUUCUACCGCGACUACAUCUUCGUGAGGUGUCAAAUGGGAUACAAGCUGAUGAUGAACGGACAAGAACUCGAGAGCUACCACGCAAUGUGCCACAGCAAUGGAGAGUGGCACUUACCGCUCCCAGAAUGCCACAUUAUCGACUGUGGAGAGCCCGAGCCCCUGUUGAAUGGAGGCGUGUCUUUCGUCUCUGGUGAACGUAACGAGUACCAAUCCGUUGUGCAGUAUCGCUGUAAUGAGCCGUACUAUUCUCUGACGGGAGCCAUGAACGUAAGUUUCAGUUGUGAAGCAGACAGAAAAUGGAGAGCUAUUGACGACGCUGAACUGAAACCGAUUUGCAUGCCAGUCUGUGGAAAGCCCCAGGUGCUUUUCCGAGACUUCCAGAGGGUCAUUGGAGGAGAGACGGCUCCGCUCGGCAGCAUCCCGUGGCAGGUCCGACUGAUAUUCGACAAAGGAAAUGGAGGAGGCAUGAUCAUCUCUGACCAAUGGGUCCUGACAGCCGCUCACGUCCUCUGUCCAAACAUAUGCCCGCCGAACACACCGCCCGCAGCACCCGACAAACUAAAGGUCUUUUGGGGAACAAACACUGUGGAAACUGUUCCAAAGACAUUCGCUGCUUCUGUUCAUCUACAUCCUGAAUACAAUAAUCAUGACAAGAAUCACAUGGACAAUGACAUCGCCCUGAUAAAACUCCCAGAACCCAUCACAUUUAACCAGAAUGUGAUGCCAAUAUGUCUGCCCUCUGAGAUACACGACAUUAUAACAGGUGAUACUGGAGUGGUAUCCGGAUAUGGCUUUUCAUGGAACAGGCAGAGAGGUUUCUUUAUGUCAAAUAAACUCAAAUACGUGCACCUCCCAGUGGUGGAUCCAGAGACAUGCAGACAAUCACUGAGGGAUUACAAAAGCCAACACUCAUCAACACCAAUCCCAGAAGCAACUUCCAACAUGUUUUGCGCAGGACUCCCAGACGGAUCAAAGGACUCGUGUGAAGGGGACAGCGGGGGUCCCUACGCCCUCUGGAGGAAUGACCACUAUUACGCAGCAGGGAUCGUCAGCUGGGGGCUUAGCUGCGCAGAGAAAGGCACUUAUGGGUUCUAUACCCGGGUUCAAAACUAUGUGGACUGGAUCCACAAAACUAUGAAUGAGAAUUGAGCGGUGACAUUACCCAUAUGAUCAUGACCAAUAAAGGUUCGGUAAACUAUGU